AUGGUCGGCAAACGCAACCUCAACCGCAACGGCAACAGCUACUACUAUCGCGACGACCAGCUCCAGGAGCGCGUCCGCGCGCAGCACAGCGCGUACCAGUACCACGACGUCGAGGCCGGACCGCAGCAACAGGAACAAGACGGCAGCUGGAAGCCGCUCGGCCACGCGCACCAUGUGCACAACCGACGCACCUCGACCAGGAGCAACGUGCCACCACGCAUCCUCCGCUUCCAAGACGCCGCGCGGACCGCCCUCGAAGACGCGCGCCGCGAGGCGCUCAAAAAGACCAUCUUAGAAGGCAUUGACCGCUCCGCGCUCGACAAGUACCGCAAGAGCGAGGAGGAUCUCAAGGCUAUCGAGAACAAGAAGGUCCGCGCCUUUUACGAGGCCCAGAAUCAGCGGCUCAACGAGUGGCUCGAGGUGGACGCCGUCGUCAUGGCCGUCGCCGACGACGUUCUCGAGUCCAUGGACCCGGACCCGGACCACGACGGCGACCAGGAGCGCGGUGGCGGCCUGCAGCACCACGAGGGCAACAUUGGCGAGCUGCUGCCCGAGGACGAGCGCGACAGACGCGCCCGCGCCGCACGCAAGGCGCGCUGGGCCAUCAAUAUCAACGUCCUCGCCAACGUCGCCCUCCUCAUCGGCAAGGCCUUUGCCGCCUUCACCACGGGCAGUCUGUCCCUCAUGGCGAGUCUCGUCGACUCGGCCCUCGAUCUGCUGUGCACCCUCAUCGUCUGGUCGACCAACAAGCUGGUUCUCUGGCGGCUGAACGCCCUUCGCAAGCGCUUUCCCGUCGGCCGCCGCCGCCUCGAGCCGCUAGGCAUCCUCGUCUUCUCCGUCAUCAUGGUGCUCUCGUUUGCCCAGAUCCUCCAGGAAUCCGUCUCGCGCAUCAUGCCGCCGCACGCCGAGGCCGAGCCCCUCGGCAAGGCCGCCACGGGCUCCCUCGUCGCCACCAUUGUCCUCAAGGGCGCCAUCGGCCUCGGCUGCCGGCCCAUCCGGACGACGCAAGUCCAGGCCCUCGUGCAGGACUGCAAGACGGACGUCUACUUCAACCUUCUCUCCCUGCUUUUUCCUCUCAUCGGACACGCCGCCAACGUCUGGUGGCUCGACCCCGUCGGCGCCGGCCUGCUGUCCCUGUUCAUCAUCUACGACUGGGGCCACACCUCGUUCGCCAACGUGGUCCGGCUCUCGGGCGAGGCCGUCGAAUUUGACAUGAUGCGCAAGCUGACCUACCUCGCCUACCGCUUCGCGCCCGUCGUCGACGGCGUCAAGAACAUUACGGCCUACCACAACGGCGACGGCAUCUGGGUCGAGUUUGACAUUUUGCUCGACGAGAACACGAAGCUGAGCCGCUCUCAUGAUAUCGCCGAGACUUUGCAGUACUGCGCCGAGGGGCUGGGCGAGGUCGACCGCGCGUUUGUGACUACGGACUAUGAGGCCAUGGGGCCGUCGGGGCACGCCGAGGACGCGGAGGUGGGGAGGUGA